AUGCUCCAGUUUCUCAUAAACCUCGGCCUGCUGCAUACGUCAGCCCUCGUGCUAGGCUGCCUGUCCAUCUUCUUUCUAUCUCGGAAGCUCUUGGUUGAUUACAAGAUCCGCAAGUUGGGCGGCGUCCGGGCUCCCGUCCUUGCAACGAACCCCGUGACGGGCCUUCGAUUUUUCCUCUGGGCCGGCUAUGCCCAAACGAAGAAUAGGCUUGAUCAUUUCUACCGGGACAUUUUUAACUGGGCCACGCCGGAAUGCCCCAACUGUGUCGAGAUUUCCUUCCUAGGCCGGACGCGGUUCCUGAUGACGCGGGAGCCUGAGCACAUCAAGACGAUACUCACCACCAAGUUCCGCGAGUAUGGCAAGGGCGAGCAGUUCCACGAGGCUUGGAGCCCUUUCCUUGGCGAUUCUAUCUUCACCACCGACGGCCAGAAGUGGUCUGAGAGCAGGGCCCUAAUCCGGCCCAUGUUCAUCAAGGACCGAGUGCGAGACCUCGAGAUCUUUGACAAGUGGGCCACGACUCUCAUCAGCAAACUGCCGGCUUCGGGGCAGACGGUGGACGUGAUGGACUUGUUUUACCGCAUGACGCUGGACGUGACAACCGACUUCCUGUUGGGCGGGAGUGUCGACAGCUUGAACAACCCCUUCCGCGCCUUAAUCCCCACGCACCGCUACACGCGCGGCAUCCGCACCCUCGAGCGCUUCAUCUCGCCCUUCAUCGAGCGCACGCUAUCCCUGCCCCCCUCGGAACUCGACCCCACCACAAACACCACCACCACCACCACCCCCAACAAAACCACCACCUUCCUGCACCACCUCGCGCUCCGUGCCCGCUCCCCGCAAGCCAUCCCUUAA